UACAUCCUGUCCUGUCAGUGACCACCUCUAUGUAUGUCUUACCUGCAUCCCCGGCAGGUGACCCUGGACGGGAGAGUGGGCCAUGGUGAUGCUGCCUUGAUCUGCGCCUCGUCCGACGACGCUGGGCUCUCCUCGACUUCACUUAUGUUUACAGUCCGGUGCCUUCACUGUUAGAAAUCCUCCAGGCCUACUGAGCACCACCUAAGUGUUUGACAGAAGCGGAGUAUAGCGCAUCACGACGUGUCUAUUGUGAAGCUGAGGUGAAGAAAAGAUGGACAUCACGGAUCAAGGAGCUCAAAUGGAGCCGCUGUUACCCACGGACCAGAGUCCUCAAGAAAGCAAAGACGUGAGAACUGAUGAGGAGGCAGUUGUGGACCGCGGGGGCACGCGCUCCAUGCUCAACACCAACUUCGAGAAGGAAGAACUCGAAGGUCACCGCACUCUCUACAUCGGGGUCCACGUUCCUCUUGGCAGGAGGUCGCACAGACGUCACCGUCACCACGGACACAGACACAGGAAGAGGUCCAAGGAGAGGGACUCCUCAGCUGACGAUGGAAGGGAAUCACCCUCACAUACAGACACGCCGGCUCAGAGAGUGCAGUUUCUACUGGGGACAGAGGAUGGCGACGAGGAGCACAUCCCCCACGCCCUGUUCACCGAGCUGGAUGAAAUCUGCCUCAGGGAGGGCGAGGACGCAGAAUGGAAAGAGACAGCCAGGUGGCUUAAGUUUGAGGAGGAUGUCGAGGAUGGUGGUGAGAGGUGGAGUAAACCCUACGUAGCCACUCUGUCUCUACACAGUCUCUUUGAGCUCCGCAGCUGCAUCAUGAACGGCACAGUGAUGCUGGACAUGAGGGCCAACUCACUGGAGGAGAUCGCAGACAUGGUUCUGGAUCAGCACGAGGCGUCGGGCUCCAUCGGUCAGGACGCCAGGAAGAGGAUCCGCGAGGCCCUGCUCAAACAGCACCACCACCAAAACCACAAGAAGCUGGCCAACCGCAUUCCUAUUGUACGCUCGUUCGCUGAUAUUGGGAAGAAGCAGUCUGAGCCUCACUCUAUGGACAAAAAUGGCCAAACAGUCUCGCCUCAGUCCCAGCCGGCUAACAAUGAGGCCAAGCAUGACGUCAGCCGAGAAAACAGCGCUGUGGACUUCAGCAAGAUCGACCUCCACUUCAUGAAAAAGAUCCCACCCGGUGCCGAGGCAUCCAACGUCCUAGUAGGGGAGCUGGAAUUCCUCGAGCGCCCUGUGGUGGCCUUCGUCCGCCUGUCUCCCGCUGUGCUGCUCAACGGCCUGGCCGAGGUUCCCAUCACCACCAGGUUUCUUUUCAUCCUGCUUGGCCCUCUUGGAAAGGGGCCACAGUAUCAUGAAAUUGGAAGGUCUAUUGCUACUCUGAUGACUGAUGAGAUUUUCCAUGAUGUUGCGUACAAGGCCAAAGACAGGAACGACCUGGUUGCAGGCAUCGACGAGUUCCUUGACCAGGUGACUGUGUUACCCCCUGGAGAGUGGGACCCCUCCAUCCGAAUAGAGCCUCCCAAAAACGUGCCCUCUCAGGAAAAACGGAAGAUCCCUCCUGUUCCCAACGGAGUGACAGAUCUUGGAGAGUCAGAGGAGCACGGAGGGCACGGCGGCCCUGAGCUGCAGCGCACAGGGAGGCUAUUUGGCGGUCUGGUUCUGGACAUCAAACGAAAGGCCCCGCACUACAUUUCCGACUUCACAGACGCCCUCAGUCUGCAGUGUCUGGCCUCCUUCCUCUUCCUCUACUGCGCCUGCAUGUCACCUGUCAUCACCUUCGGAGGACUCCUGGGCGAGGCCACAGAGGGGCGUGUGAGUGCGAUUGAGUCCCUGUUUGGAGCCUCCAUGACCGGGAUAGCAUACUCCCUCUUUGCUGGUCAGCCCCUCACAAUACUGGGCAGCACGGGGCCGGUUCUCGUCUUUGAGAAAAUCCUCUUCAAGUUCUGCAAGGACUAUGGGCUGUCCUACCUCUCCCUGAGGGCCUGCAUUGGCCUGUGGACAGCCUUCUUAUGUCUGCUGCUGGUGGCCACGGAUGCCAGCUCGCUUGUUUGUUACAUCACACGCUUCACCGAGGAGGCUUUCGCUGCGCUGAUCUGCAUCAUCUUCAUUUACGAGGCCCUGGAGAAGCUGCUCCACCUGGGCGUGCAUUACCCCAUCAAUAAAAACAACAACCUUCAGAAGCUCACCAUGUACUCGUGUGCAUGUGUGGAGCCUACAAACCCAAGCAAUGACACUCUGCAGUACUGGGAUGAGAGAAACAUCACGGCCUCUCAAGUCAACUGGACCAUGUUGGAGGUUAAGGAGUGCGAGAUGUUUCACGGGGAGUUUGAAGGCAGUGCCUGUGGCCCCCACGGCCCCUACAUCCCUGACGUCCUCUUCUGGUGUGUGGUCCUCUUCUUCUCCACCGUCCUCAUGUCCGCCUUCCUAAAGGAGUUCAAGACGAGCCGCUACUUCCCCACCAAGGUGCGAGCCAUCAUCAGCGACUUUGCCGUCUUCAUCACCAUCCUCACUAUGGUCCUGGUGGAUUAUGCCCUUGGUAUCCCCUCUCCUAAACUUCAAGUCCCCAGCAAGUUCAAACCAACCAGGGACGACCGUGGCUGGCUCAUUAACCCUAUCGGUCCAAACCCCUGGUGGACCACCAUCAUCACCGUCCUCCCCGCUCUGCUCUGCACCAUCCUCAUCUUCAUGGACCAGCAGAUCACGGCCGUCAUCAUCAACAGGAAGGAGCACAAACUGAAGAAAGGCUGCGGCUACCACCUGGACCUGUUUGUGGUGGGAGUGAUGCUGGGGGUGUGCUCGGUGAUGGGCCUGCCGUGGUUCGUGGCGGCCACAGUGCUCUCCAUCUCCCACGUGAACAGUCUGAAGCUGGAGUCGGAGUGCUCGGCGCCCGGGGAGCAGCCAAAGUUCCUGGGCAUCAGAGAGCAGCGCUUCACCGGGCUCAUGAUCUUCACUCUGAUGGGCUGCUCGGUCUUCAUGACGUCUGUGCUCAAGUUUAUCCCCAUGCCUGUCCUGUACGGCGUCUUUCUCUACAUGGGGGCGUCCUCACUCAGAGGCAUUCAGUUCUUUGACCGUCUAAGGCUGUACUGCAUGCCGGCCAAACACCAGCCAGACUUCAUCUACCUUCGUCACGUCCCGCUGAGGAAGGUGCACCUCUUCACCAUCAUCCAGCUCAGCUGCUUGGUCCUCCUCUGGGUCAUCAAGACCUCCAAGGCCGCCAUUGUUUUCCCCAUGAUGGUCUUGGCUUUGGUGUUCAUUCGGAAGCUGCUGGACUUCAUCUUCACUAAAAGAGAGCUGAGCUGGCUGGACGACCUGAUGCCAGAGUGGAAGAAGAAGAAGUUGGAGGAUGCAGAACAAGAGGAGGAGCACAGUAUUAUUGCAGAGGAGGAAGGCAUAGUUCAAGUGCCACUAGAAGUUAACCUAAAGGGUGACCCUGCCACAGUGAACAUCACGGAUGAGAUGUCCAAAGGAUCCUUCGGGAAUGUGUGGAAGAGCGUGAACCCAUCUGAGAGCACCAAGAAGGAACCAAGCGCUAAAAGUUCGAGUGGCGGCGAAAAGCGACACAAGCGCCGGAGGCAUGACAAGAGCUUGGACAGGGAGACAAGUUUGUGAUGACACGUACUGGCGGUGCCACUGUGCUGUCAAUCAGUCGUUUAAAAUUAAAAAAAGAACAAAAAAAUCUAUACCGUGCCACACUCAGCCACCUUUGUACUGUGCUACACUGUGUUUUUGUCAUGUAAGUCUGUGUGCAAGUUGUUCAAUUUGUUAGAAACAGUAUUAACACAAGGAACCAAGACACAUUUGUGUUCUUUUUUUCUAUGUAUAUCAAAGUUUGGUGAUACCAGCAUUUGAGGGAAGCAAGAAUUAUAUAACACUUACAGAACCUACUGUGUCAAUGGGCCAAUUAAGCAGAAAUUUUAACAAUUUUUAAAUCUACUUUAUUUGUAUUUUGUAUGUUUUUGUAUUUUUUCAACAGCAGCGAUUGCCAGUUGUCCUUUUAAAAACCUGCCACAUUAAACCACACACUGUGUGGAUUUUGUUUGCAGUAUUUAAAGCCAAUAUUGACUUGAUGCACCUCACGUUAGAAACCUAAAUACUUAGAUAUUUGCCAAUUCUGAUCUAUUUCACUGGUAUCUUUAAAAGUUGGCUCUUUAGAGAAUCUAGUAAUUUUUUGGAAGUAAUAAAUAUACGUUUUAUAUAUUCAGUAUAUCUAAAUGUUUUUUUGUGACAGUGACAACUCAUAUCAUUCCACAGUCUUCUCCAUAGUUUUACCAAUAAAUGUCUCUCCUUCUGUUCAAUAUUUUCCAAAUGAGUUGAAGGAAAAGUUUAGAAGUCUGGGACGAACACUGGCUUGUUUUCUUGCUGAGAGUGAGACGAGGAGAUUGACACCACUCUUGUGUCUAGCUUGCUCUACCAAAAGCUUACUGAUCACCGCUUUAUAUCCUGUUUUUAUAAUCCAUGCGCAAAAAAUAAUAAUUUCUAAAGAGUCUAAUUGUUAUCCUAUUUCUUAAUUAUCUAGCAGUAGUUUCAAAAUUAGAAUACAGGCUUUAAAGAGGUAUCAGUCUUCUUGGGUUGCUCUCAGCAAGAAAAAUGCAAAAGCAAAUUUCUCCCAAAAUUUCGGGGGAAUUCAUUUCUGGGCAGCUUAUUUGAAAAAUACAUUUUACUAGCAUGGCAGCAUAGUUCAAAAAACCUUUCAGUAGUGGCUUUUUAAAAACUGAUCCAAUUUGCAAACGCUGAACUUUAAGAUGACUGUACAGAAAGCUCUGUUUUCCACCGUCAUACUCUUUGUCAUCUUGUCAGUAAGUGUCAUCCAUGGACAAAUGAUCUCCUCUCCAAAUGACCCUCAACGUGUUAGCAUCUGAAGCUAAUUGUUUUUCAAAAACACCUGCAUGACGGUGAAACAGACUCGGCUGUCUCGCUGCAGGACCAUCGUAACUUCUAGAGAUGCAAUAAUACCCUUUUUCUGGGAAGGGCAACAUGUAAUAAACGGUAAAGAGUCUUAACAAUGUAUAAUACAUAGUAUAUUUUAUUCAUGUAAAAUGUUACUAAUAUAUUACUAACAUGGAUUCAGUGUUGAAGGCAGGUUUUUGUUGUAGAUGUUCUUUUCCCAUUGUCUUAUUGAUGGUAUUUAGUUUUAGCGAAACUAAUAAUUGGUCAAAAUUAUAUCAAUAUCACAUAUUUUGACCACAUCUGUGUGGAAUUCUGCCUUAAACUUGGUAGUGAUAGCUGUACACUUUCUGUUGAAUAAUUUAAGUCACCUGUAUAGAAACCCAUCAGGUCAGAUCUGUUGUUAUGUUGUGAUUUGUUUCAUGAGAAUGAGAGAGAGAGAGCAAGCAAGCGAGCGAGCGAGUGAGAGCAUAAAUAAAGAUGUUAAACAAA